AUGCAGCUCUCUACCAUCCUCACCUUCACCGUCGCCCUCUUGGCCGGCCACGCCCUCGCCAGCCCCGAGCUUCAGAAGCGCACCACUUGCCAGGCCUGCAGUGUUGCCGGCAUUGAGGGUGGCGCUGCCUGCUGCUCUGCCCACUGCGUUGCCCUGGGUAACAUCCACGGCGGUCACUGCGAUGACGAGGACUACUGCAUCUGCAACUAG